CAUUCGGGUCCGAGCGAGCGAAGGUGGAAGGUCGCGCGAAUUUCGCUCCGCCGCGCCGUUUACGCGAUUACGCGAGUGUGUGCGAAUGUGUAUGAGCGCGUGCGCGCGCGCCCAGGAAAGGCGAAUCGAGGGAAGGUAAACGGCAGUGGUGCGUUCAAUUGCGUGUGACACGGUGUCGGUUAUUGCCGGACGUCGAAUAUUACGUUGCGCGUGUUUACAAGAUCUUUGAGUAUCGGAACGCGCGUUUCGCGAUCGAAAAUCGAAGAGUAUCUGUCAACUGUGAGAUCGAGUGACAACUGUUUUCUUCUCUCUUUGCAUAUUGUACAUUUGAAACCAGAAGAAAACAGAAGAUUGCAGCAUGUAUUCCGACGGCCACGAAGUAGACGGUAGCUGGGUGCUGCGCGUUUUCGUCACGGAUCUGCAGGUCGAAAGGAGUUUACGUGUCAAGGGAGAGCUGCAUAUCGGCGGUGUCAUGCUGCGUCUCGUGGAAGAUCUCGACAUCGCAAUGGACUGGUCGGAUCAUGCACUUUGGUGGCCGGCUCGAAAUCAUUGGUUGACCAGAACUCGCAGCACGCUGGACCAAUACGGCGUAGCAGCGGAUGCAUUAUUGCAUUUCACGCCGAUGCAUAAAACUCUAAGGGUACAGUUGCCGGAUAUGCGCUGCCUCGAUUGUCGAGUUGAUUUUUCGGUCAAGACGUUCAACGCGGUCAUUAAUUUGUGCAAGGAACUCGGUAUUAGACAUCCGGAGGAGCUUUCGUUCUGCAAGCCGCUCGAGCCGAAUCACUUGAAAUACAAUUUGAAGGACUUGCCGGCUAAGAAGAAGAUCGAGAAUCAGAAGAACGGUCACUGGAACGUGCCGGCCGACACGAAUACCUUCAUUCCAGUUAGCCAGAGUCCCAGAGGAUCUACGGGAAGCUUGGAUCAAUCCAGUCCAUUUAUGUGCGCGCCAGUCACAUCCAACAACAGAAAUCACAGCACACCGAUCAGCUCUCCCGUCUCCCAUACCGGAACAUGGAAGAGGAACAAUAAUUCUUCCGGUUUCGGUAGCACGGGCUCCUUCAACGCCAACAACAGCACUAUGAGUCUCGAGGCAUUAAACGGCGGAUUGUCAGAAUCUUUGGCGCAGAGUCCGACGUCAAUUUCACCAGAAACGCGAACAAAGUUGAUCAGGCCAAAGAGUCUGAUCGAGAGGGCAAGAAUGAACGUCGCCUGGCUGGACUCCUCUCUAUCGAUUAUGGAACAGGGUAUCCGCGAAUUUGACACGCUCAGGCUAAAGUUUAAAUUCUAUUCCUUUUAUGACUUGAAUCCCAAGACCGACGCGGUCCGCAUCAACAUGAUUUACGAACAGGCUAAGUGGCAAUUGCUCGCAGAGGAGAUUGAUUGCACCGAAGAAGAAAUGCUGAUGUUUGCAGCACUGCAGGUACAAGUUAAUCUUCAGGCGAGCGUGCCGCAGCCCACGUACGAUAGCAACGGGGCGACCUCACCCGUCGAAGAUGACAUUGACGCGGCCCUGACGGAUCUACAAGUGACUUUGGAAGGUAGCAAUAUCAGUAACGGGCCCAGUGACAUCACGCAGGUGCCUGAGCUUUGCGACGAGCUACGGUUCUUCAAGCCGAAGCGUUUCACGCUAAAGGCCUUCAAACGUUAUUGGUUCACGUGCCGUGAUCUUCAGCUGAGACUCUACAAGAACAGGGAGGAGGCGAGCGGUUCGGAAUCACCGGUCUACGUGAUCAAUUUGCGCGGCUGCGAGGUCACCCCGGAUGUACAUCUGUCGCAAGGACGCUACGGUAUCAGGCUUGAGGUGCCCAGUGCCGAAGGCAUGACUGAGAUGUGGAUCAGAUGUGAUAACGAACAACAAUACGCAAAGUGGAUGGCUGCGUGCAGAUUAGCGGCCAAGGGACGUACUCUCGCUGACGCUUCCUACGAAAGCGAGGUCAACAGUAUCACAGCUUUUCUACAACUGCAGAGGCCUGCACCCGCACCGGCCAUCAAUCCGAAUGCUUUGGAUAUCAUACCAGAGGACUACGUCGCGUCCCGAUUUGCAAAGAAAUUCAAAGGAAAAUUGGUUCAAAGGAUCUUGGAAGCGCACGCAAACGUCAAAGACCUAUCUCUUAUUGAAGCAAAGCUGAAUUACAUUAAGGCUUGGCAAUCCCUUCCGGAAUAUGGUAUUUCGCUCUUUGUCGUGCGAUUUACUGGCAAGAACAAAGAUGAAUUACUGGGUAUUGCCAAUAACAGAUUAAUGCGAAUGGAGCUUCACAGUGGUGAUCAUUUGAAAACUUGGAGGUAUAAUACUAUGAAGGCGUGGAACGUUAACUGGGAAGUAAAGCACAUGAUGGUGCAAUUCGAAGAAGAGAAUAUAAUUUUCGAAUGUCAGUCGGCAGAUUGCAAAGUCGUUCACGAAUUUAUAGGAGGGUAUAUUUUCUUGUCGAUGCGUUCGAAGGAAGCAAAUCAGACGUUGAAUGAGGAGAUGUUCCACAAACUGACUGGUGGAUGGGUUUAAUCUAAUGUAUGUGAGAGAAAAAAUUAUAAUAGAUUUUAACAUAUUCUAAAAAGCGAUAAUACAAUACGUUUUGCCGGUUUAUCUACAUGCGUCGCGUUCUGUUCAAACGUCUGCACGCUAUCUGACAUUUGUAAAAAUAUUUAAAUCUGAUCAUAGUUAUAUAUAUAUAUAUAUAUAUAUAUAUAUAUAUAUAUAUAUAUCACAUUUUAACGCUAUAUGAUGUAAAUAGAAUAUUGUAUUCCCUUUGCGCGCAAACGAAAGAGUUUUAAGAGAUUAUAGCUAUUUUUAUUUUUGACAGAAGCCUAUUUUAAAGUUUAUUUACUGCUCCUUGAUCGAAGCAUCUUAAUUUUACAAAGUACCAUAUAUUAACAAUUAUUGAAAUCAUAGUCUUCUUUAAAAAGAAAAAGACAAUCUAUAAUGAUUUUAUACAACAAAUAGUCUGCAAAGCUCUAUUUUAACAAAGACAAAUUAUACUUUUAUACGAAACUUUUUUCUACUUGUGAAAAAUCUGCCAUUGUGAAUGAAUAGUAUUGGAUGAACGAAUAUAGGUAUGUAUAGUCAAUAAUCUAAUACGCAUAAAUGAGAAAACCUGCGAAACAUCAUGAUAUAUUAAAAUAACACUUUGCACAACAAAGAAAUGUAUUAAUUUUUAUUUAAUCAAAAAAUUAUUUUUAAUUAGUAGAUUUCUUUAUAUCGCAUAAUAUUUAAACGAACGAUUAUAAUCCUUUCUCUCUCUUUCAUAUAAUGCGUGUGUUUGUGUUCUUUUCAAAUGUCAAGGUGCUACAUCGAACGAGAGUUCGACUUUACAACGCAAGAGAUAGUGUGUGUAUAAAUUAUUUGUUAUUUUAAUGUAAAUUAGAUGUAGAAAAAUAUAUG